AUGCUCCGCCAAGCAGUUGGAGCGUCAUGGAGCAUCGCGGGCAAUGAGUACACAUGCAUGUGCUGCGUUCAUACUGCCCAUGUUCACGUGGUGGACGCCCAGACCCGUUGCAGCAUACCGUGUGAUAUAAAUACAUUUAAAUCAGCUGCUGUCUCCGCCUUGCUCUUCCCCUUUCCUCCAGCAGGUGACACCAUUGAGAGUGGCGCCCCUGAAGCCGAGUCCCUAUGUACUGCCUCUAUCUUGUCGAAACCCUGCAGUGGGGUGAAGCCCAACCCUGAGAUCUGUGGGCUCAGGCAAGGCUCAGGUGGGCAGCCGCUCAGGUGGCCCAUAAAGACUGAAUCGGAGCCACUCCUUGGUGGGAACGACGACACCGACAUCAGCCAAAUCAAGAUCAUUCAGGUCGAGAAGAAGCACGUGUGCCACGACUGCGGGAAAGCCUUCCAGUAUAAAUUCGAGUUGGUGAAGCACCGCAGGACCCACACGGGGGAGAAGCCUUUUGAGUGUCUGGCCUGCGGGAAGCGGUUCUUCCAGAGCACGCACCUCAAUGCCCACCUGCGCAUCCACACGGGCGAGAAGCCCUACGAGUGCCCCCGGUGUGGGCGGAGCUUCAACCGGCGCUCCACCCUGACGGAGCACCUGAGGAUCCACACCGGGGAGAAGCCGUACAAGUGCCUCCAGUGCGGGGAGAGCUUCCGCUGGAGGCCCUACCUGACCAAACACCAGAGGGUCCACCUGGGAGAGAACACCUACAGAUACUUCGACAGCAGGGACACCCUUUAUGACAGCUCUUCCUUCCCAGAGCAUCAGGAGGAGAACCAACCAGGUGACCACGUGACAGCCAAAGGCCUGGCAGAAAAUAAACCACGGAGUGACCUUGGGGCAGGAGAAGUCGGUGGUGUGUUACCACGCAGCUCUGACAGAGAUGGUUCUCUACAGCCCAGGGUAGUUUUCAAAAGCGGAAAUGCUUGA